AGUAAACAAAAACGUGCUUUUAAGUCUAGAAACUUUAAAAUAAUUAAUCUUUACUGAAUGGCUCGACAGUCUUAGGAGAGAAAGGAUAACAUGAUAAUGAAUCUGUGUAGGGUUAGAUUGAAUAUAUGCCAAUAUUUUAUGAGACCUCCUGAACAAUGUAAACUGUUGAGGUUCAUACCCAAUAUGAUGUACAGUAUAACACCAGAUAAAGUUAUAUAUUGUAACACUAAAGCUCUUGAAGCUCAUCAUUAUUUUUCAUAUCUAUCAAGUAUCAACAAGUAUAAACCUUAUUUUUACAACUUUACUGAUGAAAUAUAUGACAUUGGUAUGAAGCAAGAAGAACUUUCUCCAUUCCUACAAGAGUUGCUUACAACAUUACAUGAUUCGGAUGCGAAAAAAGUAAACCCUGGAAAAAUAACUUUAUCUGAAUCAUCACAUUCAAAAUUAGUCAAUGGACAAGAAGAAUGGCUAAUUUCAAUCAGAAAAGCUACAAAUCCGAGUUUUUUAAAAGACUUACAAUUUGUAGGUCUGUUAUGGUGUUUCAAUCGAAACCAUUUACAAUAUUCUGUUGCCAAAGUGAUCUAUAGAGAAUUGGAAAAAAGAUAUUUCUCGUUUGACACCCAAUCAUGUUUAAAGGCUGCUACUUUUUUGUAUAUAUUUAAAGCAAAUAACAUGAUAAAUUUGACUAAUCUGUCCAAGCUAUGGUGUUUGAUUGUCAGAAAACUUUACGAAAAAGUUUACCAUUUAUCAGAUGCGGAAAUAAUUAUGGUUAUAUAUUUUAGUGGUUUAACACGAAGUAAAGGACUUGCAAAAAUCACCAAUGACUUAAGUUAUCGUUUUGUGAAAACUUUGAGAUAUUUGAGCCCAGAUGAAAUUGGUGUUAUUGCUAUAAGUAACUUUUUAACUAGAAACACUAAAGUGACUAAAAUGGGCUUCAUUUUUUUAAGCUAUUUCAUGGUAAAUAUCGAACAUAUGAAUAUAAUGUGUUUUACAUCCUGUUGCAAAUAUCUUAAGAACAUAAAACCUAGUUUAUAUGAAUAUGAAUUAGAACAUGUAUACUCAUUUUUGAUGUCAUUUCAUCAGGUAAUGAGUUCUUUUUCAAAAGUGUCUGCAUUAAUGCAUGGAUACUUAUUUCUAUUGAAUCAUAGAAUAUUUACUGAGGAUUUGAUACAAUACUUUAAUAGGUUUGUAUUAGAAAGUGAUUUAACUUCAUGGAGAUCAAAAGAAUUAAGCUACUCUUCAGGAAUAAUUGGAAAAAUGUAUCCUUUGUUUCCUGACUCACAUGAUAUGUUAUCGACUUUAUUAAAUGAAUUAUGUAAAGAAAAACGUGCAGAAGAGAUAAAAACGUAUGAAUACCAAUUAACUUUAGCUUUAGACUGUUCUAGUAGAGCUGGUUAUUAUCCUAUCAAACUGAUUCAAUAUAUUUAUGGAGAAAAAGGUUAUAGGUAUUUUAAAG